AGCGGGAGAUUUGUCUCCGGUACCGUCGGUGUGGGUCUGAUUUCUGUUCGGUACCGUCAGUGUGGGUCGGAAUUCGGAGCCGGAGUUUGUCCGGUACUUUGUUAGAAGCUAAAAUCAGCAGCAGAGUUUGUGUUUCAAGUCCAGCCGGCAGCAGAGAUGGCGAGGAACGCUGAGAAGGCCAUGACGGCUCUGGCCCGGUUCAGACAGGCUCAGCUGGAGGAAGGAAAAGUGAAGGAGAGGAGACCUUUUCUGGCCUCAGAAUGUUCUGAACUUCCUAAAGCUGAAAAAUGGAGACGACAGAUCAUCAGUGAGAUCUCAAAAAAAGUCGCUCAGAUCCAGAACGCUGGUCUGGGUGAGUUCAGGAUCAGGGAUCUGAACGAUGAGAUCAACAAGCUGCUGAGGGAGAAAGGUCACUGGGAGGUCAGGAUCAAGGAGCUGGGAGGACCCGACUAUGCGCGGGUCGGUCCCAGGAUGUUGGACCACGAGGGGAAGGAGGUUCCAGGAAACCGUGGUUAUAAAUACUUCGGAGCAGCCAGAGACCUGCCGGGAGUCCGCGAGCUGUUCGAGAAGGAGCCUGUCCCGGCGCUGAGGAAGACGAGGGCGGAGCUGAUGAAGGACGUGGACGCCGAGUACUACGGCUACAGGGACGAAGACGACGGUGUCCUGCUUCCUCUGGAGACACAGUACGAGAAACAAGCGGUGCUGGAGGCGGUCCAGAGAUGGAGAACAGAGAAAGAGUCUCGUCUCUCUGGAGAGUCUCAGCAGCAGCAGGACGAGGAGGACAUCUACAGCGUCCACACUGACCAGCCUGAAGAUGAGGAGAACCAGGAGGAGAUGCAGGGAGAAGAAGGAGGAGUCGCCUUCAUCGCACACAUACCUGUUCCCUCCCAGAGAGAGGUGGAGGAGGCUCUGGUCCGGAGGAAGAAGAUGGAGCUGCUGCAGCGUUACGCCAGCGAGACCCUUCAGGCUCAGAGUCAAGAAGCCAGAACUCUGCUGGGACUCUAACCUGUCUGUCUGUCUGCCUGUCUGUCUGUCUGUCUGUCUGUCUGUCUAUCUGUAAAUACCAGCUCAGUUUUGUACUCCAUCUGUUUCUUAUUAAAACUUUUUCAGCUCA